AUGCAGCUUGGCCUUGCCAGCAUCCUCCUGGGUCUCUGGCUGACAGCUGAGUCCCUCUCUUCACCUGCAAAGGGAAACCUCCACCUAGAAGAAAACCCUCUGAGACAAUGGGAGAGUCCCAAUUUAGGAGAACUGAAAUCCUCAGAAGAAGAAGAAGAAGAAGAAGAACACAUCCAGGUUACACUGGAUUUCAAGGAAGCCCCUUCAAAAGUCGUGUUGGUUUCCCUGGAGUCAGAAGACAGCCCUGGACGUCUCCCAUCCCACCUGCCCUUGGCUGAGAAGGAGGCGAGACCCUUGAGUUUAUGGCCCCAACCCAGUUCUCAGUCAUGGCUAUACGAGAGCUCAGAGGAAUCCGUGUGUCACGUGAAGCUGGACAGGGGCAGCUUUUGGGGUCCUAACCAUCUGGAGGUGGGGGGCCUCCUCAGCCGUUACGACAGCGGGUUCCUGAAGGCACUGAGCAGAUCUGCCUGGAGCAGAGAGGACCUGGAGACCUUCGGGAUAUGUCCCUCAAGUCCACCCCACAACCUUCUUGGGUCACUUCAGCGUGUGGCUGAUUCUCUGGGCAGGCCUGCCGGACACCGUUUCUUCAUGCUGCAUUUGGAAGAAGUGAAAUGGGAAGUCAAGACCAAACUCAGGUUUAAGCUGACCUUUCAGAAGGAUGUGGAAGAGCCUCUCAGCUCCUUGCAGCUGGUCCUUCUAGUCUUUUAUCAAGGAGAAAAGGAACUGGUGCAUCACAGGGUCGCAAAGAGAUUUCUAGUGGGAGGGGAAGGAUUACAUCAAAAGCAGGUUGUUUGCCUUUCCAAAGGAACUCGCUACCUUGUCCUCCAGGGCUCUGUGAUGUCCGGCAGACAUUCUCCUGGUGAAUUAAGAUAUGAACUUUCUUUGGAAAUCAGGCACCAAAACAAUACAGGUAGCUUGCUGAGUUCCGGCAUAGCCCACACACCUUCUGAGGCUGCCACCGUCACUAACCAAACCAACGCCACUGCGUCAGUGCUCACAAACCCUGGAUACUUUUUGGAGACCCUCUCCCAAUUUGUCAACAAAGUCCUGAACCCCUCGGGUGAGCCUCCUGUUGCCCAGGGCUACCUCCAGCUGGAUUUUGACACAAUGGAGGCCCUUCCUCACGAACUGCUCAACUUGUCAGAGAAAGUGGCUUUUGAGCGGCUGGUGCAGUCUGAAAAUCACCUCGUGGUCCUUUUUCCCGAGAACAGCCAAGCUUUCAUGGAGCGCCAGCUCGGCCAAUGGUACCUAGAGGGAAAGUUGCUUUGGCAACUGCUGGAGAAGCUGCAUUCGGUGAUCCAAGAGCUGAAAGCCAUGCCUUCCUUCCAAGCCAACGCCGACCUUUUCCACAAUCUGCUAGCUUUGUGCUAUUAUCCUUCGAGGGGCUCGGGAAAGCUUCCCGCUAGCGAUUCUGCCGAAACGGAGGAAACGCAGACCCGCAGGAAAAUCCACAGCCUUCUGUUGCUCAAGGCCCUCCAGGUGAUCCGCACUCGUUGGCGAGAGGCCAGGAAGGUGUCCUUACGUGCCAACCGUAGCACUCAAGUCCAGGAUGACUACUGCCGGCUGCGAGAGCUCAGGAUAAACCUGGUCUCCAGCAGGUAUAUCGUUUUACCGGAGUCGUACAAUGCCAACAAUUGUGUGGGGCCCUGCCAGAGCCCGCUCUCCACCCGCAUCCCGGACUAUUAUUCCCACACCAUUUUCCUGCUGCGUAUGCAUGAACAGGGCAUGCCACUGCAACGAGCCCCUUGCUGUGUCCCUGUGAAAUAUUCCAAAAGUGUCAUGGUUACCUUUACCAGUGAUCGAGGGAUGAUAGUUAAGUCCUACCCAGAUAUGGUGGCUGAGUCCUGUGGGUGCAGGUAG